GACUGGAGUUAAACAGUUGAAACCGAGUCGAUCAAACAAGUUUUCGUUGCACGCGAGUAAUGGAUGUCAAGGCACAAGAGAAGCAAAAUGAAAGUAUACGACAGAAGAUGCUCGAUGUGAGGCAAAUGCGUAUCGCGGAAUGCCCGUCGGAUUCACCGUGGAUCAGACCCGUUCGUAUACAUUACCAACACGAUGGCAAAGAACGAGACUGGGACGUAGUAAGGGCACACGACGGCGUGAGUAUAAUCGUCUUCAACACGACUAGGAAGAAGCUAGUGCUCGUCAAACAAUUCCGUCCUGCUUUCUUCUACACGUUUCUUCCGGAGAAACGUGGGUCGGUCGACCUUGAACGAUAUCCACCGACAUUAGGUGUAACCUUGGAACUAUGCGCCGGUAUUAUCGACAAAGACAAGCCACAUGUCGAAAUCGCGAGGGACGAACUUAGGGAAGAAUGCGGUUACGAUGCACCUGCCGAGGCCUUUAAAUAUAUAACUACUUUUAGUUAUGUCUCUACUGCAAGCUUCAAGAAUUCACUCUAUUAUGUGGAAGUUACGGAUGAGAUGCACACACACCCUGGAGGAGGAGCUGCAUCUGAAGGAGAACUGAUCGAAGUGGUGGAACUAAGCAUCCCAGAAGUAAGAGAAUAUAUUGAGUCUAAAGAAGUACAAAGUCCCCCGUGUUUACUAUAUGGUGUGACCUGGUUUCUAGCUAACAAACCCGAACAUUGUUCUUAACACAUACUCCAAUCCCUUUGAAAACUGUUCAAAAUACGUAUUACUGAUCAGAGUCUAAAUAAAAGGAUUAUCCUCUAACUGAGUUUAUUUACAAAUAACGUGUAUGUACAUAAGUGAACGUGAAAGAGAUGUAUAAUAAGACUGGAU